CUCGGCUCAAUGCUAAUUAUUGAAGCAGCAACCAUGUUCAACAACGAUAACAUUGCAUCCUUGAAUCGGAGUAGUUUCCCAGAAGGUUUUAUUUUUGGAACAACAUCAUCUGCUUAUCAAUAUGAAGGUGCAGCAAAUGUUGGUGGCAGAGGGCCCAGUAUAUGGGAUACUUUCACUCAUCAUUAUCCAGAUAAGAUAAUGGAUAGAAGUAAUGCAGAUGUAACCAUUGAUGGAUACCAUCGUUAUAAGGAAGAUAUUGAGAUCAUGAAAGACAUGAACAUGGAUGCUUAUAAAUUCUCCAUCUCUUGGUCCAGAAUAAUGCCAAAAGGAAAGCUUAGUGGAGGUGUAAACAAGGAGGGAAUUAAUUAUUACAACAAUCUCAUCAAUGAGCUGCUAGCCAAAGGUCUUCAACCUUUUGCGACUAUUUUUUAUUGGGACCUUCCUCAAGCUUUAGAAGAUGAAUACGGUGGCUUUUUAAGUCCCAAUAUAGUGAAUGAUUUUCAGGAUUAUGCUGAACUUUGCUUUAAGGAAUUUGGGGAUAGAGUGAAGUAUUGGAUUACAUUGAAUGAUCCAUGGACUUUUAGUGAUCAUGGCUAUGCUAAGGGGGUUUUCGCACCUGGACGAUGUUCACCCUGGCAAAACAAAAAUUGUACUGGUGGGGAUUCAGCAACUGAACCCUAUAAAGUGGCUCACAAUCAGUUACUUGCUCAUGCAGCUGCUGUUAACAUCUACAGGACUAAGUAUCAAGCUUCUCAAAAGGGAUGGAUAGGGAUAACACUAGUUUCUCAUUGGAUGGUACCUCUCUAUGAUACAGAAUUGGAUCAUCACCAAGCUGCACAAAGAGCCAUUGAUUUCAUGCUUGGAUGGUUUUUAGAUCCAUUAACAUUAGGAGAUUAUCCAAGUUCCAUGCAAACUCUAGUGGAGAGUCGUUUACCAAAAUUCUCUACAUAUCAGGCCAGACUUGUAAGAGGCUCCUUUGAUUUUAUUGGAUUAAUCUACCACACUUCCUAUUAUGCCACUGAUGCAUCUGAAUUAAGUGAAUCCAUGCCUAGCUACCUCACGGAUUCUCUUACUAUUCUUACAAAUGAGCGUAACGGGAUACGUAUUGGUCCAAAGAGUACUUCAGUAUGGUUGUCUGUUUAUCCAAAGGGGAUUCACAAACUGUUGCUCUAUAUUAAAACAAAGUACAACAACCCUUUGAUUUACAUCACUGGAAAUGCAAUUGACGAGUUGAAUGAUCCAACACUCUUGCUUGAGGAAGCCCUGACAGAUACACCUAGGAUCAAUUACUAUUAUGGCCAUCUCUAUUAUCUUCAAACUGCAAUCAAGGAAGGCGUGAAUGUAAAAGGAUAUCUUGCAUGGCCUUUGAAUGACAACUUUGAAUGGUUUUUCGGCUACUCAUUGAGAUCAGGAAUUUGGUUUGUAGAUUAUGAUAAUGGACUCAAAAGAUAUCCAAAACUCUCAGCCACCUGGUUUAGGAAUUUCCUACAACAUAAAAUUGUUACAUAUGAUUCUUCGCUUUAA